AUGGCAAUCUUUAUCAAAAUCUUAAUGAUCUCGGUGGCUACUACCGCGGCUUUGCCCGCUCUAGGCUCUGGAAACCUGUCAAGGCCAUUUGAGAUGACCGACAUUACCCCCUGGAACGCAGGUGGAACGACACAGUUUCCGAUUCAUGCUAGUUGCAAUGCAACGCAGCGUCGCCAAAUCGAGCUAGGACUGGCUGAAGCUGUCGACCUUGCAGCUCAUGCUAGAGAUCACAUUUCGCGCUGGAGAAAUGAAAGUGAGAUUUACAGAAAGUACUUCGGCAAUAGCCCCUCGAUGGAAGCUAUUGGAGCUUUCGAAGUGGUCGUUAGUGGUGACAAAAAUGAUGUUCUAUUCCGCUGCGAUAACCCCGACGGGAACUGUGAUCUUGAAGGUUAUGCUGGGCAUUGGCGAGGCGAAAAUGGUACGAAAGAAACUGUCAUUUGCGAUCUGAGCUACGAAACUCGCCGUUCUCUUUCAACAAUGUGCGGAAUGGGCUACACAGUCUCGGGGUCGGAAACCAAUACUUUUUGGGCCUCUGAUCUGUUGCACCGAUUGUAUCAUCUCCCUUCCAUCGGUCAGAGCUGGGUCGACCAUUAUGCGGAUGGAUUCGAGGAAGUAAUUGACCUCGCAAUCGAGAAUGCAACUCUGUCGACACAUGAUUCAGAAACUCUCCAAUACUUCGCCUUGGAAGUUUAUGCACAUGAUAUUUCAAUCCCAGGUAUUGGCUGCCCGGGAGAACAGCAUGAGCAUAAACACGAAGAUGAUGAAACGGAUGUCGCAAAUUCAGGUGGAAGUCAGCCCACAGCUACAUCAACGACGGGCGAAGCUUCCUCUACUACAGCCGAUGUGCCCGCUAACUGCCAUACCCACGAAGGAGGCGAGCUUCACUGUACCUGA